GAGGACCCCGCCCUGGAGCGCUACUUUAAAGGGCACAAAGCGGCCGUCACUUCGGUGGACUUCAGCCCACAGGGCAAACAGCUGGCUACUGCCUCUUGGGAUACAUUUCUCAUGCUAUGGAAUUUCAAGCCACAAGCUAGAGCUUUCAGAUAUGUGGGUCACAAGGAUGUCGUAACCAGCGUGCAGUUUUCUCCCCUCGGAAACUUGUUGGCAUCUGCCUCACGGGACAGAACCGUUAGACUCUGGAUUCCCGAUAAGAGAGGGAAAUCGUCAGAAUUUAAAGCUCACACAGCUCCAGUGCGAAGUGUGGAUUUUUCAGCUGAUGGCCAAUUACUAGCAACAGCUUCAGAAGACAAAUCCAUAAAAGUAUGGAGUGUAUAUCGCCAGCGCUUCUUAUACUCCUUGUACCAACACACACACUGGGUACGAUGUGCCAAAUUUUCACCUGAUGGAAGGCUAAUUGUGUCAUGUAGUGAGGAUAAAACUGUUAAAAUCUGGGACGGUACAAAUAAGCAGUGUGUUAAGAACUUCUCAGACUCAGUAGGGUUUGCAAAUUUUGUGGAUUUUAACCCUAGUGCUACGUGCAUAGCUUCAGCAGGUUCUGAUCACACUGUGAAAAUCUGGGAUUUAAGGAUGAAUAAACUACUGCAGCAUUAUCAAGUUCACAGUGGUGGAGUUAACUGCCUGUCCUUCCAUCCUUCGGGUAACUUCCUCAUCACUGCUUCUUCGGAUGGCACACUAAAGAUUCUGGACCUCUUGGAAGGAAGACUCAUAUAUACACUUCAAGGGCAUACGGGUCCUGUCUAUGCUGUUUCAUUUUCAAAAAAUGGAGAGCUGUUUUCAUCAGGGGGUGCAGACACACAGGUCUUAUUAUGGAGGACUAACUUUGAUGAUUUCAAUUCUAAAGAUCCUAAAAGAAAUCUUAAAAGAUUACAUUUGGAUUCAACACCGCAUCUUCUCGAUAUCUACCCCAGAACACCACAUCCCCAUGAGAGAACUGAAACUGUUGAAAUUAAUCCAAAGCUUGAGGUCAUCGAUUUGCAGAUUUCCACCCCCCCUGUUGUGGACAUGCUUUCUUUGGAUUCUACUACAACAGCAGAGACCAAUGGCAGAACUCCCCCAGAAAAGGGUGAAGAAAUCUGUGGAUACUUCUUGAACCCUUCCCUAAUGUCACCAAAAUGUUCAGCAACAAUAAUGAAGAAGAAGGAGGAGGACACGAGUGACUUCCCCUCUGAAAGUCAGAGAAACAUCCCACUUGCAUUGGCCAAUGUCCUGGAGCAUGUCAUGGAACAGCUUCAUGUUUUGACACAGACCGUUUCUAUCUUGGAGCAGCGACUAACUGUGACAGAGGAUAAGCUGAAAGAGUGCCUGGAGAACCAGCAAAAGCUUUUCAGUGCUACCCAGCAGAAAAGUUGAUCCAUUUUCAUUUAGAGUUCAAAUCCUGCCAAGAAGGUCAUCAGAUCUCUGGAUUUCAUUGUUAAAUUAUUUGACUGACCUUGUUCAUGCAGUUUCUUGAAGUAAAUCAUCUCUCUCUUUAGUUCACAUGCCCUUUGGUGAAGUAGUUCACUUACUUCUUAAGCAGUAUCCUAUAUGCACAGAAGGAAUUCUUGGUCUGGCUCUGAUACCUUCCAGUUUGAAAAAGAAAAAAAAAUAUCCUCUUGCUCAUGUCUUCAAAAGCAGAGCUAAUAAAAAUUCACAAACUA